AUGGGAUCACACAAAAGACUACUUCAAUCUUGCCAACCCCCCACUGAACCUCCAAAACUAAAGACAAAGAUCCUGCUUUUUGCCCUAUGUUGGAGUCAUCCAACUGCCUCUUUCCUCCACAAUAGAAUAACAAAGCUGCCACGACAAUGGUAUUCAAAGGCCGCCGCUGAGUUGGGCGAGAUUCUUCUGCCACAAAAAAUCUCAUCUCAGAAGCGGCCCCUAGGAAAGAAGACAUAUGAGGUUAUCAACCUUCAAGAAAAUAGGAAUAAGCAGAGUCCCGGAGGCGCUGUAAGAAGAUGCCAACAUUACAUUAGACCGACAACAACCGAAAAAAUGAAGGAAAGGAUAAACCAAAAUCAGUUUGGAGAGGAGACCAGGCCCGUCCCAAAUGUCCCAAUGUCCCAAAGGCCCUCGCUCCCCAUUGUAUUAUCCCAUUUUCCCCGCUUGUGUCUGAACAGUAAGUAA